AUGGGGAGCAAUUGUUCGCACAAUUCCUAAGCAUCAGAAAGAAGUACUUUCAAUAAAUCAGAUUCUUUUGGUGAGAAUAAUCAAAUUUUCAAACCUUAAAUGGAUAGUAUUCUUGGAGCAAGUUAAAUGACAUAAAUGGAUAUACCUAAUGCUCAAUUACCAUCACCUAUUAAGCCUCUCAUCUCUAAAUACAAUGAAAUUAAAUCUGUUGUGAGAAUUCCUACUGAAGAAAGUAUAUUUUAAAAAGAAUUUUAUGAAAUCAAAGAAUGUAAACCAUAAAACCCCUCUAAAACAUAGAAAAUACUCCAACCUAAAAUAUAGAUAAAUUUACAAUAUUAAAACCUGCGUAAAAACCAAUAAAACAAAUAAUAAAGUUCUAAAUUCUUUACAGCCUCUCCAAAAAAAAAGUAAUAAGAAAAGAGCAAUUCUUAGUCCCCACUAUAAAAACAGUGUCCCACUUUCCAGAAAUCAAGUAAAAAAAGGGAAUCUCCAAAUUAUAUUCAUGUACAGAAAGACAAAAUAGUAACAAAUAGAAAAUAUUCAGAUAUACCUUAGAAAAAAGAUAAACAUUAAAUCAUUAGAAGAAAGAUAAGUGAUAUUUGUGUUGAUCAUACAUACAUAAUUCGAUUAGAGAGUCCUACUAAAUUUAGAUCGUUAACUCCGAAUUCAAUUUUGAAAAGAAAAGAUUUAGAAAUUCAAACUAAUUCUUCCCAAAAAAAGUAGGUAAGAUUCAAAAAUUCAAGAUAAAAGAAUUCACCUUGUACUUGA